CCUGCCCACCCUCUCCCUCUGUCCUCCAUCCCUCUGCCCCUCUGCCACCCCUGCACCCCGCAUCAUGGGGCCGGCCACAGGCCCCCACCUGCUGCUCUUGCUGUUAACCAGCUUCCCCCUGGCCCUGGGGGACCCCCUGUACUCGCUGAUCUGCCCCAACGUCCUGCGGCUGGAGAACGAGGAGACCGUGGUGCUGGAGGCGCACGACGUGCAGGGCGACCUGCCUGUCACCGUCACCGUCCACGACUUCCCCGCCAAGAAGCAAGUGCUGUCCAGUGAGAAGACUGUGCUCACCGCGGCCGCCGGCCACCUGGGCAGCGUCACCAUCAAGAUCCCGGCCAGCAAGGAGCUCAGGUCCAACAAGGGACACCAGUUCGUGACUGUGCAGGCCAACUUCGGGGCCACGCAGGUGGAGAAGGAGGUGCUGGUCAGCCUUCAGAGCGGGUACCUCUUCAUCCAGACCGACAAGACCAUCUACACCCCGGGCUCCACAGUCCUCUACCGUAUCUUCACCGUGGACCACAAGCUGCUGCCAGUUGGCCAGACCGUUGUCAUCACCAUUGAGACUCCUGAAGGCGUCCAGAUCAAGAGAGACGCACGGUCUUCUCUAAACCAGCAUGGCAUCUUAUCCCUGUCCUGGAAAAUCCCAGAGCUAGUCAAUAUGGGACAAUGGAAGAUCAAGGCUUACUAUGAGCACACCCCACAGCAGGUCUUCUCGGCCACGUUCGAGGUGAAGGAGUAUGUGCUGCCCAGUUUUGAGGUCCUGGUGGAGCCUGCAGAGAAAUUCUACUACAUUGAUGACCCCAAUGGCCUGGAAGUCACCAUUACUGCCAGGUUCUUGUAUGGGAAGAAUGUGGAAGGAGCGGCCUUUGUCAUCUUUGGGGUCCAGGAUGGAGACCAGAAGAUUUCCUUGGCCCAUUCCCUCACUCGUGUUCUGAUCGAGGAUGGUGUUGGGGAAGCUGUGCUGAGCCGGAAGGUGCUGCUGGAUGGGGUGGAGCCAUCCAGUGCAGAAGCCCUGGUGGGAAAGUCCUUGUAUGUGUCUGUCACGGUCAUCCUGCACUCAGGCAGCGACAUGGUGGAGGCCGAGUAUGACGGAAUCCCCAUCGUGACCUCCCCGUACCAAAUCCACUUCACCAAGACGCCUAAGUACUUCAAGCCAGCCAUGCCUUUCGACCUCAUGGUGUUUGUGACAAACCCCGACGGCUCCCCAGCCCGCCGGGUGCCCGUGGUGACCCAAGGCAACCAAGUGCAGUCGCUCACCCAAGAUGACGGCGUGGCCAAGCUGAGCAUCAACACGCCCAACAGCCGGCAGCCCCUCACCAUCACGGUUCGCACAAAGAAGGAGGGGAUCCCAGAGGCCCGGCAGGCCAGCAGGACCAUGCAGGCCCAGCCCUACAGCACUCUGCACAACUCCAACAACUACUUGCACCUGUCUGUGUCCCGGACAGAGCUCAAGCCUGGCGAGACACUCAAUGUCAAUUUCCACCUGCGAACAGACGCUGGCCAGGAUGCCAAGAUCCGAUACUACACCUACCUGAUCAUGAACAAAGGCAAGCUGUUGAAGGCCGGCCGCCAGGCCAGAGAAGCCGGCCAGGACCUCGUGGUGCUGCCUUUAAGCAUCACCUCAGAUUUCAUUCCUUCCUUCCGCGUGGUGGCCUAUUACACGCUGGUGGGCGCCAGCGGCCAGAGGGAGGUCGUGGCCGACUCGGUGUGGGUGGAUGUCAAAGACUCGUGUGUGGGCACGCUGGUGGUGAAAGGUGGUGGGAAGGAUGACCGUCAGCCCCUACCCGGGCAGCAGAUGACUCUGAAGAUCGAGGGGAACCGUGGGGCCCACGUGGGGCUGGUGGCUGUGGACAAGGGCGUGUACGUGUUGAAUAAGAAGAACAAACUGUCCCAGAGCAAGAUCUGGGAUGUGGUGGAGCGGGCAGACAUCGGCUGCACCCCGGGCAGUGGGGCAGACUAUGCUGGGGUCUUCAAGGAUGCAGGGCUGGUGUUCAAGACCAGCAAAGGGCUGCAGACUGCCCAGAGGGCAGAACCAGAGUGCCCAAAGCCAGCCACUCGCCGCCGCCGCUCUGUGCAGCUCAUGGAGAAACGGAUGGACAAAGCCGGUCAGUACAAGAGCAAGGAGCUUCGGAAGUGUUGCGAGGACGGCAUGAGAGACAACCCCAUGAGGUUCUCCUGUCAGCGCCGGGCAACCUUCAUCUCCCAGGGAGAGGCCUGCGUGAAGGCCUUCCUGGACUGUUGUACCUACCUGGCCAAGAUGCGGGAGCAGCUCAAGCGAAACAACCUGCUGGGCCUGGCCAGGAGUAUCCUGGAUGAGGACAUAAUCCCAGAAGAAGACAUCAUUUCCAGAACCCAUUUUCCAGAGAGCUGGCUAUGGAUCAUAGAGGAGUUAAAGGAGCCAGAGAAAAAUGGAAUCUCCACGAACGUCAUGAACAUCUAUCUGAAAGACACCAUCACCACUUGGGAGAUACUGGCUGUGAGCUUGUCUGACAAGAAAGGCAUCUGCGUGGCUGACCCCUACGAGGUGACCGUGAUGCAGGACUUCUUCAUUGACCUCCGGCUGCCCUACUCGGUGGUGAGGAACGAGCAGGUGGAGAUCCGAGCGGUCCUCUUCAACUACCGGGAUCAACCCCUCAAGGCGAGGGUGGAAUUACUCCACAACCCGGCCUUCUGCAGCCUGGCCACCGCCAAGAAGCGCUACUACCAGACUGUGGAGAUCCCGGCCAAGUCCUCGGUGCCCAUCCCCUAUAUCCUGGUACCCUUGAAGAUCGGCCUGCAGGAGGUAGAGGUCAAGGCGGCAGUCUACAACUACUUCAUCAGUGACGGUGUCAAGAAGACCCUGAAGGUCGUGCCGGAAGGAAUCAGAGUCAACAAAACAGUGGCUGUGAAAACACUAGACCCAGAACACCUUGGCCAAGGUGGAAUCCAGAGAGAGGAGGUGCCACCUGCAGACCUCAGUGACCAAGUUCCAGGGACCGAUUCUGAGACCAGCAUUCUCCUACAAGGGACCCCAGUGGCGCAGAUGACAGAGGAUGCCGUGGAUGGGGAACGGCUGAAGCACCUGAUCAUCACCCCCUCGGGCUGCGGCGAACAGAACAUGAUCGGCAUGACACCCACCGUCAUCGCCGUGCACUACCUGGACCAGACCAAUCAAUGGGACAAGUUCGGCCUGGAGAAGCGGCAGGAGGCGCUGGAGCUCAUUAAGAAGGGGUACACCCAACAGCUGGCCUUCAAACAACCCAGCAUGGCCUACGCCGCCUUCCUGAACCGGGCACCCAGCACCUGGCUGACAGCCUACGUGGUGAAGGUCUUCUCCUUGGCGGCCAACCUCAUCGCCAUCGACUCCCAGGUGCUCUGUGGGGCGGUGAAAUGGCUGAUCCUGGAGAAGCAGAAGCCCGACGGCAUCUUCCAAGAAGAUGGGCCCGUGAUCCACCAAGAAAUGAUUGGCGGCUACCGGAAUGCCAAGGAGGCUGAAGUGGCCCUCACAGCCUUCGUUCUCAUCGCACUGCAAGAGGCAAAAGAUAUUUGUGAAGGGCAGGUCAACAGCCUAGGGGGCAGCAUCACGAAAGCAGGGGACUUCCUCCAGAACAGCUACCUGAACCUCCAGAGGCCCUACACCGUGGCCAUCGCCGGCUAUGCCCUGGCACUGCUGGACAAGCUGGAGGGUGCCACCCUCAACAAGUUUCUGGGCACCGCCAAAGAACGAAAUCGCUGGGAAGAACCUGGACAUCAGCUGUACAACGUGGAGGCCACGUCCUAUGCCCUCCUGGCCCUGCUGGCCCUGGAAGAUUUUGACUAUGUGCCCCCUGUUGCACGCUGGCUCAAUGAGCAGAGAUAUUAUGGCGGUGGCUACGGCUCCACCCAGGCCACUUUCAUGGUGUUCCAAGCCUUGGCCCAAUAUCAAACAGUUGUCCCUGACCACAAGGAUUUGAAUAUGGAAGUGGCAAUCAACCUGCCCAGCCGGAGUAACCCUGUAGUUCACCGCCUUCUGUGGGAAUAUGGUGGCCUCCUGCGGUCAGAUCAGACUAAGCAAAACGAGGGCUUCUCCUUAACAGCCAAAGGAAAAGGCCAAGGCACCCUGUCGGUGGUGACCAUGUACCAUGCCAAAGCCAAAGCCAAAGCCACCUGCAAGAAAUUUGACCUGAGGGCAACCAUCAGGCCAGCCCCUGACACAGCCAAGAAGCCCCAAGAAGCCAAGAGAACCAUGAUCCUUGACAUCUGUACCAGGUACCUGGGGGAAGAGGAUGCCACUAUGUCCAUUCUGGAUAUAUCCAUGCUGACCGGCUUCGCCCCUGACAUAGAUGACCUUGAACUGCUGAGCACUGGCGUGGACAGAUACAUCUCCAAGUACGAACUGAGCAAAGCCUUCUCAAACAAGAACACGCUCAUUAUCUACCUGGACAAGAUCUCACACACUGAGGAACAAUGUCUGUCCUUUAAAGUCCACCAGCAUUUCAAUGUGGGACUCAUCCAGCCUGGCUCCAUCAAGGUCUACUCCUACUACAACCUGGAGGAGUCCUGCACACGCUUCUACCACCCGGAGAAGGAGGACGGGAUGCUGAGCAAGCUCUGCCACCGGGAUAUAUGCCGCUGUGCCGAGGAGAACUGCUUCAUGCACCAGGCGGACGGGAAGGUCACCCUCGAUGAGCGGCUGGACAAGGCCUGCGAGCCCGGGGUGGACUACGUGUACAAGACCAAGGUGGUCGCCAUCGAUCUGUCGGAUGACUUCGACGAAUACAUGAUGCUCAUCGAGCAGGUCAUCAAGUCAGGUUCCGACGAAGUGCAGGCCGGACAGGAGCGCAGGUUCAUCAGCCACAUCAAGUGCAGGGAGGCCUUGAAGAUACAGAAAGGGAAGCACUACCUCAUGUGGGGUCUCUCCUCCGACCUCUGGGGGGAAAAGCCCAACACCAGCUACAUCAUCGGGAAGGACACGUGGGUGGAGCUGUGGCCCGAAGCCGAGGAAUGCCAGGAUGAAGAGAACCAGAAACAGUGCCAGGACCUGGGUGCCUUCACCGAGAACAUGGUGGUCUUCGGCUGCCCCAACUGAUCACCCCUGCAACCCCCCCAAUAAAGCUUUGUUUAUCUAUGU